UAGAGCAAGCUCACGUUCAAACGGCUUAUAGAGCAGAACAAAUAAAGUUAAAGUCGAAACAAGUAAGAAAGGUAAUAAGAAACAAGCAAAUCGAAUUAUUAUUUACCAAUUCAAAAAUUUGACAAACCUCCGAACGGUAUUGCUCGUCACUGUACAGGCGACUUCAGAGCAGCCCGUCUGUUCAGCUAUAAAAGCACUGUACGCGUCGCCGUUCAGUGUCAUUCCUUAAAACUAAUUCAGCAGGAAUAAGUCGCAAAAUCACAACCACAAGAACUGAAAAUGAAGCAAUUUUUUAAUACCAAUUCAUUUGUUGCCAACGGAAGCUCUUCAAUAGGCAAGACCAUCCAUGAGCAAUCUUCUACAAAGGUAAAGGAGUCGAAAUCUUCCAAAUUUUUUCGUCCGUGGGUCAACGAGAAAACCGAAGCUAAUUCUUAUCAAUCGCAGGUAGAACAGAUAAGGGACACGCUACAGAACCAACAUUUGGGACCACCAGCACAGAAGGUGGUCAACUUGAACGAUCCACCGACGAACUCUAAUAAAGUGAAACGUGUACCUGCAACAACGACCAUUCCGCCAUCAAGUAUGGCAGCCAUACAACAAACAAUGGUUUAUGCAAAUGCUAUUCCUAUCCCGCCACCAUCACUCACACCACCGCACUCACCAUUUGACGCACGCUAUGGAGCCUAUACCACGAACAGGAGACAGCUCUAUGCUCAGCCACCAUAUGUGAACACUACAGGGAAUAUGCCUGCAUAUUCAGCAAAUUACCGACCCCCUAACCAAUAUACAAUGCCAAUGAUGAAUAUGUUACACCCACAACGACAGGUGCUUCUACCAGCACAGCCUGGAAUUGCCCAACCGGGUUUCACACAUAAUGUGUUUAAUACGCUACCUUACACCGCACUACCAACGCAUUCAACAGCAGGUCAAUACUACCAUACAAACGUCGCACAGCCUUGGCCAAACGUAGCCUACACGAAUUAUCCAAUUGCAAUGCAACAAGAGCGAGCGACAUCAGCACCCCCAUCACCGACAAGAGAACAUCAGCCCAAAGGGUGUGCAGGGAUGCCAAAAUCCAGGAGUUUCCCGGAUAGCACCGCAUUGCACGCACUGAUAACCCAAGCAAAUAUGGAUAAUAAAACAUUCUACCCACCUCAAUACUACAGUGAACCCAAAAAUGAGGCCAAGACUUCUGCACCAGCACCUACCGCGACAAAACCAUUGUUGCCGGAGGCGACGCCGACCCCCUGCAAAUCUACUAAGCGCAAACCUAUUGAAUAUCUAGCCGGCAAGUUAACAGCAUCUGGAAAGCAAUUUAAAAUGAUGUCUUCCGCAAUUCAGUUAGAAAAGAUAUUAAAGUAUCGGCCGAAUAUGGCACGCCAUCGCCCGAAAAAGGAAGAAACGGCGGAGCAGCAACUUGCCCGUGAAAAAAACACUAUCGCUUGUCGAAAAUAUAGACGCAUGCGAAGAAUUGCUAAAAUUUUGGAACAGGAAAUGGUUGAAGCAGAAUCAGCAAGUCAUAUCGCGGACAUUUUAUGAAGACAUACAACAAUUUUUAAAAUCGUAAUAAAUACCUAUAUAUUUAUAAAGUUGACCUUUAUAUGUAUGAUAUUAUAUGUAAAUUUUUUAUUGUUAUAUAUUUUUAAGUGACGCGAAAAUAAUGAAAGCCAUUAUUUGUUUAAGAGAAAUUUAUUCUUGUCUUUUUACUCU